AAUUUUUUUAGCACAGACUAAAGUGAAAAAACCUCAUCAUCUCUUUUCGUCCUUUACUCCUCUCCAUCUCUCACAACCCUUCUUCUCUCUCCACACCCACAAACACCAGCAAUCUCACCUCUUCGUCCCAUGAUUUUCGCCUCACAUAAUCUCAGAUAAUCUUCCUCUUCCUGUCAUUAAAAACCUCGAUGUCAAGCUCCUCAUACAAAAUAAACUCCAGAGCCUCAUUCUAUACCAAAUCGAGUCAUGAAGUCGGCGACGAUGUAGGGGCUAGAGCUCCUGGCCAUCCUUGUACAAGAAGAAGAUUUUGAGAAAAAGAAGUGUUGGAUGACUGUGAAAAGGGAACUGAGGAGGAUGUAGUGGCUGGAGCUCCCCUAGCAAUCCUUGUAGAAGAAGAAGAUCUUGAGAAAAUGAAGUGUUUGGAUACUUGGAUCUGAGAAUGAAAAGAGAGCUGAGUUGAAAGAAUACAUUUUUUUCAUUAUAAUUUCUGAUGAAAAUUUUAAAGUGGUGUUAUUUUCCUCCCCAAAAACCUUAGCCAUCGCAAAGCAAAACACCUUCAAGAGUGUUAGAUCUAGGAGGAAGAAAAAUAUAACUUUAAUCUGUAAUGGAAAAUUUUUUUUCAAAAAAGUUUAACUAGGAAGAAAAUCUUAUGAGAAUGGUGCGAUCUUGAAAGUAAGAACGAGGAAGAAUCUCACAAGACAAUCUUGAGAAAGUGAGAUGGAGAGAUAGAGAUUGGAAUGGAGAGAAGAAAAUAAAGUGAGAGAGGAAUGGAGAGAGAAACAGUUAAGUAAAGUCCUUUUUUUUAACCGAUUGACAGUUAUCACGUCAUGAAGACGACCGUUAACACUUAAUACUGCGUAUAACAUACAGACAUACCAAUUCUCAGAAUCGAGACACUUCUCUUAACCAGAUUUGAUUGAUCACCCUGAAAUCCGGUCCGACCACUAGUCUCUCUCACUCUUGACACUCGCAAAACAAGAAACAAGACCGUACUCCCUCCCAAGGCUACUACUGGGUACCACUACUACCUCUAUCUCUCUCGAGCUCCGAGACAGGACCCUUUUAAGAGACGUUACUCUCUGUCUCUUCCUAUUAAGUAACAAAUCCCCGGAUAAGAAAGAGUAAACUCAUUGAGAGAGCUUGAGGAAGGAGAGCGUCUAGAGUGGGCACACAAUCUGCAACACAAAAUAGCAAGACUUGGUUUUGGGGAAGCAAUGGCGAGGGGAUUCAAACUUCUCCUUGCUAUUUCGCUGUUGAUUACACAUUUUGACAUCUGCAUAGGAAGCACUAUUGGAGUUUGCUAUGGAAGAAAUGCUGAUGAUCUCCCUACUCCUGAUAAAGUGGCGGAGUUAGUUCAACAACGUAAGAUCAAAUAUGUUCGAAUCUAUGACUCGAAUAUCCAAGUUCUCAGGGCCUUUGCAAACACUGGAGUUGAACUUAUGAUCGGAGUUCCAAAUGCAGACUUGUUGCCAUUCUCCCAAUUCCAGACCAAUGCUGACACGUGGCUAAAGAACAGCAUCCUUCCUUACUACCCAGCUACAAAGAUCACAUACAUAACUGUUGGUGCGGAAGUAACAGAAAGCCCUAACAAUGUCUCGGCUAUGGUUGUGCCAGCAAUGCAGAAUGUCCUCACAGCCUUGAAAAAGGUUGGCCUACACAAAAAGAUAAAGGUUUCAAGUACCCAUUCCCUUGGUGUUUUGUCCCGAUCAUUCCCACCCUCUGCAGGGGCUUUUAAUAGCCGCCAUGCAUCUUUCCUAAGACCCAUGUUGGAAUUCCUUGCUGAGAAUCAGUCACCUUUUAUGAUUAACUUGUAUCCUUACUACGCCUAUAGAGAUUCCUCCAACAAUGUGACUCUGGACUAUGCUCUAUUUCAGUCAAGCUCAGUUGUUAUAGAUCCAAAUACUGGUUUGCUUUACACUAAUAUGUUCGAUGCUCAAAUAGAUGCCCUUUAUUAUGCGCUGAUAUCUCUAAAUUUCAGAACAAUUAAGAUCAUGGUCACUGAGACAGGCUGGCCAUCUAAAGGUUCACCCAAGGAGACUGCUGCAACUCCCGAUAAUGCCCAGACGUACAACACCAAUCUGAUUCGUCAUGCCAUCGAUGAUGCAGGCACUCCUGCAAAGCCAGGACAGGAGAUGGAUGUGUACAUAUUCUCCUUGUUUAAUGAGAACAGAAAGCCUGGAUUGGACUCAGAGAGGAACUGGGGAUUGUUUUAUCCUGAUCAGACAAGUGUAUAUAACCUUGAUUUUACUGGAAAAGGUGCGGUUGAUACAACCACAAGCUCAAAUCAUACCAGUUCAAAUGGAACCACAUGGUGCAUUGCUUCUAGCAAGGCUUCUGAUCUGGACUUGCAGAGUGCCUUAGAUUGGGCUUGUGGUCCUGGUAAUGUGGAUUGUUCUGCAAUUCAGCCCAGCCAGCCUUGUUUUGAACCAGAUGCUUUGCUUUCUCAUGCCUCCUAUGCAUUCAAUAGCUACUACCAGGAAAAUGGGGCUUCUACUAUUGCCUGCGGUUUUGGGGGUGCAGGAGUGACAGUUGACAAGAAUCCAAGCUAUGAUAAUUGCUUGUAUACGACCACUGGUACCGGGACCAACAGAACAACAUCAUUAGGUAAUGCAACUGCAAUUGCUUCACCUACUUCUUCCGCACCAAACGAAGCUUUUUUUACAUUGAUUUCUGGCAGUCUUUUAAUGGCAUUGCUUUGGUUUAUCCUCAAUGUUUGAAAAGCUCAAGUUAGAGUUUUGAAUCAUGAAUGAGAGAUCAGAGAUGCCGGUUUGCGAUGUAAUGGAGAGGUAUCUCAACUCCAUUGAUUUUUCUGAGUCCUAGAUUUGUAUGAUAUCAGUAGGUGUUCUGAAGAUUUUGUCGAAGAAUACUCCAUCAAUGGAAUAACCAUAUUUUUCUAUUGUAUGAUAAAUUGAUAACCCUAUUUUUUCCCCUACUUUUCCAUUUUAUUUACAGCGGGGAAAUGGGUUUUGUUUCUGAAGUCAUGAUUUCCAGGUGAUGCUAAAACUGCUCUUC